AUAUAUAAUACACGAGCGCCGCCGUAUCGAUAUCGCGAAGAACUUCCUCAAUCUCGACACUGUCUUAGCUUAGCCUUAGCGCUUAGAAACGGGACGCCGAUUGCAAAUUCCAUCUAUUCGGAUACUAUUAACAGUAUAUUUUGAUUCCGACGUAAUUCUCACUUGUGUGAAAUUCAGUAUGGACAAACCACAGAUCAUAAUUCAUGCUACAAAAUCCUUGAACAUAACGCUAUACGACGUGAAAUGGAUCCCCAGAAGUGCCCGGUUCGUUGUGCUUGGUUGCCACCCGAGACAGACGGGGGCUUUGCAAGUGUUCGAGAUGGAUCAAGGAGAACCUAAAUUAAUACACGAGGUGGAAAAGAAAGAAGCCUUCAAAUGUGGAACAUUUGGAGCUGCUAGUUUGAAGCAGAGGGAUUUAGCCACGGGAGACUUCAGUGGCAAUAUGAGAAUUUGGGACCUAGAGAAAUUGGAGAAACCAGUUUAUUCUGUAGCAGCACACAAUGAGAUCAUUAACUGUAUUGAUGGAGUUGGAGGUCUUGGCAUUGGUGAAGGAGCACCUGAGAUAGCAACAGGGAGCCGAGAUGGCGCUGUAAAAAUUUGGGAUCCAAGACAGAAAGACAAACCGGUAGCUUGUAUGGAACCUGCUGAUGGGGAGAGCAAGAGAGAUUGUUGGACUGUGGCUCUUGGUCAUGCGCAUAAUGAUGAAGAUCGAUGUUUAGCAGCUGGAUAUGACAAUGGUGAUAUUAAAUUGUUUGAUCUCAGGAACAUGUCUUUAAGAUGGGAAACAAAUAUUAGAAAUGGGAUAUGUGGUCUAGAGUUUGAUCGUAAGGAUAUCGACAUGAAUAAACUAGUGGCUACCACCCUUGAAGCCAAGUACCAUCUCUUUGAUAUGAGGACACAACAUCCAAAGUCUGGCUUUGAGUCCCUCAGUGAAAAAGCCCAUAAAUCAACAGUAUGGUGUGCAAGACAUUUGCCUCAAAACAGAGAUGUCUUUAUGACUUGUGGAGGUUCUGGCACUCUAAAUCUUUGGAAAUAUGAAUACCCAACAUCGAGAGUACAAGAAGACUCCAAUGGUGUAAAGACAGGUGUAAUGGGAUCUGUGUCUAUGCUACAGAGUGUUGGGAUAUCUUCACAGCCUGUAGCAGGGUUUGAUUGGAGUCCAGACAAGGCUGGUCUGUGUGUUUGCUCAUCGUUUGAUCAGUGUAUCAGGGUACUCAUCGUAACCAAGCUAGCAACAUUAUGAUGGAUGUGAUGUCAUACAGAAUACUUUAUGUUGGGACACUUUUAUCCGGAGGAAACACAGGAUGUAUUGUCUUUUGUGAACUGGCCUUCAUAACAGACCCAUGAACAACCGUCUUUCAGUGAAUAUUUCCCAUGGAUGGUGGAUGGAUGUAGUAUUGUGCCCUGUAACAUAAAGUCAAUUGAUUGAUCAUAAGAUUUUUGUUGUGAUUGAUUGCAUAUACAUCUAAUGCAGUCAGUCAUGAAAAAAAAAUGGUCAUGAAGGUUUGUUUUACUUGACCCAGAUGAGGCACAAAUCUGACAUAACAACAUUGUCUACAGUACAUGCGAUGAUUUAUCAAUCUAUUUUUGAAUGAAUUGUCACAUCUUGCUGCUUCUUUAUACAAAUACGCAGUCAAGUCCAGGGAAUAAGUUUGCUUUACAAAUGUUAAUAGCAUUUUGGCCAUAAGAGAAAAGCUCAUAACUAAGUAAUGUACAGUCCUAUGUAAAAAUAUGCUAUACAAAAAACUUUAAGCAUAGCAGUCUUUCAAAAAUGUGGAGCAAAUUGCGAUGCGAUACCAGGAAAAUUAUUCCCUGAAGUCAUGUAUUUGUUUUUGUUUUUAGACCAAACAUUUAAAAAAAACUUCCUUUGUUUAAUUCUUGGCAUUUUGAAUGCUUUAGGUGAUAACUCACAAAACGUACAUUAAUUUUCUACAUAUGGCUGAGUGAAGUUACUAAAAUAUUCCAUUCAUUAAAAUAAACAAAAAAUAUAUACUCUAAUGAGGAUUAAUGUUUUCACCCACAUCAAAAAUUUGUGAUAGGCCGGUGGCCUCUUUUUUAGGAAGAAAGAAACUUGUAAUAAUUGUGUUCAUUAAUCAUUUUACUCUGAAUUUAGAUAUUUGCUUGCUCAAUAUCUAUUCACAUGUGGACCAUGUUACACAAGGCCUAGUGCUUGAAUGUAAAGCUUUAUGUUGGAUUGAUUAUGCAGAUCAUUAUAUGCAAUUAAUCAUACAAUCAGUUAACAGUACAAUCAAUUGCUAAGCUUUGUGAUAUGGGCCCCAUUGCAUAAAGCUUUUUGUUAACAAGAAGUACUACUGGGCUAAACUUUCAUUUAGACCUGUUGGGAGAAAAAACGGUUUUUGGUUUGCCUCAUUGAAAUGUUCAUAUUACAUGAAUUUGUGAUCAAUAUUAUAUGUAAAAAAACUUGGCAUAUGGAGAUCAUUGGAUGGCCAGUCUCCUUCCAUAGGAUUCUUGUAACAUCAAGUUGGAAAUUAUAAAAGUGUGACUACAAGGGAUAUAUUAUAAUAAUAAUACCCAAUUUUUAUAUAGCGCUUUUCCCAGAAUGGCUCAAAGCGCUUUACAGCAUAUUAUUACCCCGGUCAUUGGAUUCAUUUCAAUCCCGCACGAAAAGUGCUCAAUUUUCACUCCCUGGGGAGCAUUGCUUGCAUUCAUCGCAGCCUCAUUAUGGCUCUGGCAAAUUCAAACAUACAAUAUCUUUCGCAUCCUACCGGGUACCCAUUUAGUACCUGGGUCGAGAGAGGCAAAGUGUGAAUUAACGCCUUGCCAAAGGACGCAAGACCAUGGUGGGAUUCGAACACACGACCCUCUGUUUACAAGGCGAGUGUCAGAACCACUACACCACAACUCUUCCAUAUUAUCUGGAAUACUGUUAGAUCCCUUAAUGUCAAGUUUACACUCUAAACAAGUGUGACAGAAUAGAGUACUGUCCAUUGGACCCGCUUGUAAUUUGUUACUGUAGAGUCCACUAUCCCAACACAUGUGUGUGUGUGUGUGUUUGUGAUAAUGUCUGAUUUUUUUUCCAGUCAAAGUCUGUACAUAUUUUAUGUAAAUAAAAUCAGUUUACAAUGUA